AUGCUUAAUACUUCAAUUAAUUUUUUUGAAGAGAAUGACAUAAUCAAAUUAAGGAAAUAUGUAUGGAAAUGUCAUUUAUGAAGCUUAUUGCAAAGGAGAAUGAAUGGAAGAAAGACAAAGCAGUUUUGGAAUAAAAAAUAUAAUUACUUGAACUUUAAUUAGAUGACUAUAAAUCAAGAGAGUCCAAUUAUAAAAAAUUGAAUGAGACUAUAUCAUAAGCUAUAAAUGAUACUUCUACAAUGCAAAAAGUAUUUAUUUCAUAAUAAUUGUUAUAGAGAUCCAUGUCAGAAUUAUAAAAAAAUGUCGAUAUUUAACAGAAAGAUCAUAAUAAAGCAAUUUACAAAGAGUAGAUUAAGUCUUUAGAACUUUAAGUAAUUGAUUGAUAAAAAUAGAAUAGGUUAGGUCAUUAACAGAGUAAUUGUAAGAAAAAGAUUCUUAAGGAAAAGAAAUGGAAUUGUAAUUCUAGAAGCAAUAUUAUCAAUAUGAUCAUAGAAUUGUUUCAUUGGAAUAAGAGAAACUCUAAAGUAAUCAAGAAAAUGCAAAGUUGAAGGAUUAGAUACUUAAACUUGAGGAAAGCUUCAAAUAAAAAGAACAAUAAUUGAAAAAUCAAUUCGAAUAAGAAUUAUAAAGAAUCAAAGAUCUAAAUAUGUAGGAUAAUGAUGUAAAACAAUCAGAUUAUGAAUCAAAAUAUUCUUAACUGUCUUUGUUAUAUGAGAAAGAAAAAGAACAACUUCAACUAAGAAUUAGCAAAUGUUAAAACACAAUCAAAAGAUAUUAAUAGCAUAUAGAAUAAAAUGUAGAUAUUGUUAAUGUCAAAUAAUAAUAUGAAGAUUAAAUUGAAUAGCUUAAGGAAUAGAAUUCUUUAUUAUAAUCUUAAUUUCAAUAUGAAAGAUAAAUCUUAUUGUAAUAAAUUGAUGAAUUAAAAAAACAAUAAAGAGAUCAUAUAAUGAAAGAAAGCAUAAAUUAUCAUGAAUCAACUUCUAAAAAGAGAAGUGUAGAUGCAGUCAAAAUUAAAAGUUCUUUGUAAUCUUAUGACAGUCCAGUUUAAUGUAAGAGUUUUCAUAUUGCCAGUUAAGAUUCAAAAGGAAUAAGUUAUAAUUAAUAUCUUAAGAAUUCAUCAAAUUAAUCACUUAAUUUUACUUAGAAGUAACUUUAAUAAUAAUAAUAAUAAUAAUAAUAAUAAUAAUAAUAAUAAUAAUAAUAAUAAUAAUAAUAAUAAUAAUAAUAAUAAUAAUAAUAAUAAUAAUAAUAAUAAUAAUAAUAAUAAUAAUAAUAAUAAUAAUAAUAAUAAUAAUAAUAAUAAUAAUAAUAAUAAUAAUAAUAAUAAUAAUAAUAAUAAUAAUAAUAAUAAUAAUAAUAAUAAUAAUAAUAAUAAUAAUAAUAAUAAUAAUAAUAAUAAUAAUAAUAAUAAUAAUAAUAAUAAUAAUAAUAAUAAUAAUAAUAAUAAUAAUAAUAAUAAUAAUAAUAAUAAUAAUAAUAAUAAUAAUAAUAAUAAUAAUAAUAAUAAUAAUAAUAAUAAUAAUAAUAAUAAUAAUAAUAAUAAUAAUAAUAAUAAUAAUAAUAAUAAUAAUAAUAAUAAUAAUAAUAAUAAUAAUAAUAAUAAUAAUAAUAAUAAUAAUAAUAAUAAUAAUAAUAAUAAUAAUAAUAAUAAUAAUAAUAAUAAUAAUAAUAAUAAUAAUAAUAAUAAUAAUAAUAAUAAUAAUAAUAAUAAUAAUAAUAAUAAUAAUAAUAAUAAUAAUAAUAAUAAUAAUAAUAAUAAUAAUAAAAUAAUCAAUCAUUUGAAAAAUCAUGUAAAUUUAAUGAUGGAAUACCUAUGUCUAUGGAUUAAUUUAAUUUAAUGAAAAAUAAAAAAUAAAAAUCAUAAUCAACUUUAUCUAUUCCAACUAGUAAUAAUUAUAAUUUGAAUUCAUUAUUAUAAGAAGCUAGUUUAUUUUAAUAAAAUUAAGAGUCUUUUCAAUUAGAUUCCAAUAAUAAUCCAAAAGAGGAUCCCUCUAAAUUAAGAAUAUUGAAAUAAUUGAAUCCAAACAUUGCUAAUAGAUAAUUAGAUUAUAAUCGAUCAGUAAAACAUGAUUAAUGCAGAUAACCAGAAUAAUCAUAUUAAAGAUCAGUAUCACAGGAAGGUUUAAAAAGUUCAGUUUCAAAUCUUAGUAAAAUGUUAGGAUAAACAGAAAUUAGCUAUUAAUAAUCAAAUUCAACAUAAUAAUAAACAAACAAUACUUCAUUAAAUUGUUUAAAAGUACCUGUGUUUACUUAAAAUUAAUUAAAUAGUUUAAAGAAUAGUACUUUAUAUGUUUAUCCUUGUGCAACUUUAAGGAUGAAUGAGAAUCAUGUUCAAAAGGCAAGAUAUAACAAUAACCAUAGUACUCAUGAAGAAAUAAAAUAAAAUAAAGAAAAUCAAUUGCCAUCCAAAAAGUAAUCUAGAAGCGAUAUUAAGAUGAUUAUUGGAAAGUUAUUAUAAACAAAAGGAAAACAAAAUGAUGAUAUGGACAAAACUUCUUAAUUUUCCAAAUUUAAUCGAAUUUGA